GGGUAAGAAAGGGUGAAACUGAAAAGGAGUGAGGCAAUGCUCCUCAGAAUGAAGGCAGGUCACUGAGAGCAGCUAGCUCCCCGGAUGAGCACUAUGCGCCAUCUGCAAUAGGAACACGAACGAUCAGCCCUCUGCUUAGACUACACAGUUCGCAUUGUACGAGUUGCAAAUGACAGUGGUCUGCACAGAUUUGGACGAAGAAUCAUGAUGAAAUUACUUCCCAAAUUACUUUUGCUGUUGUUGCUAGCUUUCCCAGCAACGAUUCUUAUGAACGGUCCUUUAGUGGCAGCUCAAGAUGCAACUGAGGAUGAGGAGGCAGCAGAUGAAGUUACUGCAGAAGAUGAAGAUGAUGAAGCAGAAGUUGAGGAUGAUGAGAAUACAGAGUUGACAGAGGAGAAAGAAGAGGAAGAGGAGGAAGCCUCGUCAGGGGAGAUGAAGGCCUCUCCCAAUGCUGACACCACUAUUCUUUUUGUUAAGGGAGAUGACUUUCCUGCCAACAACAUUGUCAAGUUCCUGGUGGGUUUCAGCAACAAGGGUAGUGAAGAGUUUGUGGUGGAGUCCCUGGACGCCUCUUUCCGCUACCCCCAGGACUUCCAGUUCUACAUACAGAACUUCACGGCCCUCCAGCUGGGUACCGUGGUGCCAGGCCAACGGCAGGCUACCUUUGAGUACUCCUUCAUCCCUGCCGAGCCCAUGGGCGGGCGCCCCUUCGGCCUGGUCAUCAAUCUCAACUACAAGGACAACAGCGGCAAUGUGUUCCAGGACGCCGUGUUCAACCAGACCGUGACCAUCACCGAAAGGGAGGAUGGCCUGGAUGGUGAAACGAUCUUCAUGUAUGUUUUCCUGUCUGGUCUGGGUCUGUUGGUAGUGGUUGGUCUGCACCAACUGCUAGAGUCCAGGAAGAGAAGGAGGCCCGCCGCAAAAGUGGAGAUGGGGACGGCCAGCCACAACGAUGUGGACAUGAGUUGGAUCCCCCAGGAGACGCUCAACCAGAUCAUGCAAAGCAGACGAGACAAAGCCUCCCCCAGACGGUCGCCCCGCAAGAGAGCCCAGAAAAGGUCUGCCGGCUCGGACGAGUGACUGCUGUCACACCACUGUCACAACCUGCAGCCAGGCACACAAGCCUGGCCAAGCCAGUGAGGACCAGGGGUCACUUAGCCAGACAUGUCCUUUAACUACCACAAGCUCCAUCCCUCCAAGAGGUAGCGACCACUUCCAUAAUGGGGAAAAAGAAAAAACAUUUUAAUAUCAGAAAAAGAAAACCAUUUAAUUAUCACAUUUUUUCUUUCACUGUCAAGCUGGUUCAUAUAGAGAAACUCAUUCCAGUUUCGCUCUAGAAAAUGAAACCCUGAAAAUGCUUCCAUUUUGAAUUGUGUUGAUAUUUUUCGUAUUCUGUAGAUGGCUGGUUGGUUGGUUGGUCGGUCCAGGGGGAGGGGUUUACAGGAAGCUGGUGCACUGUGUAUUGUAUCGAGCAGGAGGGGUGAAGCUCAGGGUUCGUGUUUUGUUUUUGUUUUGCCUCUGUCUGCAGUUGCCUUUUUCUUUGGGGAAGGUUAAUGGGAAGCGUGGCCUGAGAUGAUGAGGUUAUUUUUUAAAGGUAGCGUAUCGCAGAAGGCCCAAGAGCUUUAUUUUCCAGCUUUUUCUUGCACUGGUUAUUUGCGGCACAAAUGUUGGGAUACCGCUACGGUGUUGCGGCCCGAGUUCCCUGCUCAAAAUGCACUGAACCGGUUAAACCAUUUUCAGCUAUGUUUUUGUGAUGUAUUAAUUUGUGAAUGAGCAGUGUGGUGGAUUUACACUCAGAAUGACAAUGCUGGCUUUCAGUCCUUUUCAGAUCUGCUUGUCUUUGAAUACUCCUUGGAGGAGUUCACUGUAAUUGUCCGUCGGAAUCUAUUCCUGAGCAGAAAAGGACUUAAGGAGAGUUGUAAAAAAUUAAAAUACAAAAUGAAUAAAAAUAAUAAAUACUUUUUUUCUUGCUGAAAAUGAACUGAGCUGAGAACGCACUGUAAAAUGGACUGAAAUUUCUACCGGAUCUGCAGAGGGACAAAUGCCAAAUGUAAAAUUACACCUGUGUGCACUCAGUCUGUGUAGAUUUAUGACUGUGCAUCUUGUAAUUUGAAGUCCUAUUUGGUGGUGGAAAUGUUCCUGAGAUGCUGAUAUGAUUUAAAUGCUGACACUACUGAGUGAAGUCCUGUAGAACUAUGAACAUUAAGAGUCGUGGGAGUUGAAUCCCUUGGUUUCUUGGUUAUGUUGGGUUAAUGACCUACAGCUGGUUACAAACCCUUAGCAGUAACUGAAUCCCAGUUUGCAUGUAAUUGCUUUUAUAUUGCUGUAAUUUCAUAAUGCUGAACAUUAUGGUCAUUGGAUUGUACUCCAGCAGAUUCUUAUCUAAGCAGUUACAAAUUGUGAUUUAAGUCAAUUAUUUAUUAAUUUACAUUUUAAAAUUUGAGAAUUCUGGAGAAUAUGAAUUUCACAUCAUGGGUAUGAAUCUCUAAUCAGAUCAGAGUUUUGGUUUUAAUUCAUAUUAUGGUAAGACUACUGGAUGCAGUUAUAUUUUUCACUCAAUUUCCCCCAAAUUAUGAUUUUUUCUUUGCAGUCAUUUGUGAAACUAGAUUUUGUUUUCCUGAAUAUUGUACAGUCUGAUUAAAACUUUUGUAUGUCUGUGGGCAGGGAUGUAUUGGUUUGAUUCAGAAAAUUGAAAAUAAAGAUUUAACUUUU